AAUUCGAGUAGUAAGCCGAAUGCUGAUGGACAUUUUAGAAUAAAUGACUAGACCGACUUAAAUAGAAUUUUACGAAAAACUGGUUUUCCAACAAUGUUGUCCAUUUGUGGGAAUAUUUCGCGUAAUGGAAAUGUUUGAAAAGUGAACCUUGUCGUAUAUUUCAAUUUUUUUUUAAACUUUUAGUGAGAAGUGUUUUCAUUUGGACCUGGUAAGCAUGACAAGGAAAGGUAAUAUAUUCUAAAAAAUGUUUCACGAGCAGUGGCAUUUGAAAUAUUUUGUUACAUUUUAAAAACUAUAUAUUUGGUUGAGCAGUAAUUUUAGCCAGUUCGCAAAAGAAGUUAAUAGAACCUUGACAUUUAGUGUGUUUCUUAUAUAUUUUUAUUAUGAUUGGAUAACCAUGACUUUCGUGAACAGUAGAUAAACUGUAAGCUUUCAAAACCUCUAUUGUUUACGAUACCGUGGAUGAUUAUACUUGAUGUAGCAUCGAAUACAGGAGAGAGAAUUAGACGGAUUUUGAGGCUAAGAACUAACGAAGAAGAAAUUCUUUUGUAACAAUCAAAGUUGUAACUGUCAUGUAGAUGUAGAUGAAACAUGAUAUGCAUUUUCAAAAUAUUUUUAUAGAGGUUUUGUGGGAUUAUAUGAAUAUCUUAUUUUUUUUUUCUAAUAUUAUAGAAUAUAAGUGGAUAGUAGAGCAUGUAUGUUUAUAUAUUGCUCUUCGGAAUACUCUUGAGUGUUGGACAGACGUUUGGUUUGAAAUGUUGGACAUGCGUGAACGCAAAAUCGAAUCGACAAUGCAAUAAGAUAGGAUAUUGGAGAACAUGCGAUGCACAAGAGAUAUAUUGUCACAAUGAAGUUCAAGUAAGAAAUGGAGUCAGAGGACGUGUCACGAAAAGAUGUGCGCAGGCCCCAGCGUGCAACCAGAAUGCUGAAAAUGUAACAGAAACAAGGUGUAAUGGGAACCCUAGAAAAUCGGCAGCUUGUAGUUGUUGCUGUAAUCAAGAUAAUUGCAAUGCACCACUGUUUAGAUGCGGUGGAGCUGAAAUGUGCAAAAGGCCUCGUUAUAUUCAAAACGGAGAAAUAUCGUGCCCGAAGAAGAUUAAUAUAGGAACAGUAUGCAAGCUGAGAUGUCAAAGAGGAUUUAUUCCAAACAGAAAUAAUGUUAUAAAAUGCCAACAUACUCCAGGAAAUAAACCAGAAAGAGCGUUUACAAAUCUAUUGGGCUUGAAAUGUAUACGUAAACAACCACGAUGUCCCUCGCUUAAAAACACAAUUGUGCCGAGAGGCACUUUUAGUUGUAAAAACGUUCGACCACAUAUUAGGAAAUUUAUGAAAAAUUUUCAAGGUACAACUUGUACUUUCAAAUGCAAUAGCAAUGCAUUUAUGUCUGGAAAUCCUAGUCUUGUUUGUAAUGCUGGGCAUUGGAGUCAUGGAAUUCCUAGAUGUAUUGUAGGAAGAUGUCCGGCGCCACAAAAGGAAGAACUUACCUUUAGACAAUGCACCGCUGGAAACAAAUUUGGAAGUAUGUGUAGCUAUACAUGCGCAAUCGGACUAAAAAUAAUAGGAGAUUCAAUUUCAGUAUGUGGACCAACUACUAAUGAUCCUUCGAGAGGAGAAUGGGACAAUGGGAUUCCAAAAUGUAAGAUUGUACAAUGCCCAUCUCACGUAUCAGUGAGCAAUGGAGAAGCGCUACUGACAAAUGACAACUUUGAAGGUAGUGUUUGUAUCUUCUCUUGCAAACCUGGAUUUGAUUUAGUAGGAACUCCAUUCAUUGAACUUGAAAGCGUAUGUGAAGACGACGGAACAGGUGUUGGAAAAUGGAGUGAGCCAGCACCUACGUGUUCCCAAAUUACUUGUGAUCCUGUUUUCAAAGCCCCAGAAAAUGGAGCUGUGUUUUGUACUGAUGACAACAAGUGGGGGAGCGCUUGUACAUUCAGAUGCAACUCUGGGUAUGAUUUGGGUGACACGUACUCUAACAGCAUAAGAUGCUUUUGUGAAGAAGGUAGAAAUAGAGAUAACAUUGGAGAAUGGAGUCGAAAACCUCCAACCUGUACUGCCAUCAAAUGCCCGUCUGUAAGAAAGGCCCCUAUCAACGGUUAUGUUACUUGCACAAACGCAAAUUUUGCAGAAAGUGUCUGUACUUUCAGGUGCAAACCAGGCUUCGACUUGGAUAUGACACCAAAAAAGACUUUUACAAAUCGUUGUGUUGACAGGGGAUACGGAACAGCCACUGGCGAAUGGGACAAUUUUGAGCCUGGCUGUAGACGUAGAAUAUCUUGUUUACAAAAACACGAGUUUUUAGCAAAUGGAAACGUGGAAUGCACAAAUGGUAAUUUGGUGGGUAGCGCAUGCAAAUUUACUUGUUAUAAAGGUUAUCGAUUGGUAGGUAGAGUAUAUUCAAAUUGUGUCGAACUUUUGGCUGAUGGAGAUGAUAUUGCAGAGUGGACUAGCAAACCACCACGAUGUGAGGCCAGUCACUGUCCAUUUCAAUGGUACGACAAAGAUCUUGUGAUGGAAGAUUGCGUUGGCAGAAAGACUAAUCGUAAAUCGUUUCACCUUCUUGGAACAAAGUGUCAUUAUACUUGCAAACGUCCGGGUUAUUAUCCAGCCAUGGCUAGCAAUAAAUUUGUGCAAGCUAGAACUACUGUGGCCACUUGUCUCAGUUCUUUAAGUUGGAGUACAAGACCUCCGAGAUGUUUUGUGAAAAAGUGCCCUCAUAUUCCAACACCGAAACAUGGCUAUGUACCGGACUGUUCAAAUGCAAACAACUUCGGCUCAAGAUGUGAAUUUUGGUGCAAAUAUCCGCAUAAAAUAUCUCAUAAAUCUAAAUUAUUAUGUGUCAGCAAAGGCAGAAAUGGAAGGCUGGGCAGAUGGAAUAAAUCACCGCCAACAUGCGAUUCUGUGAAAUAAGAUUCAAGAUUAUUUAUAGCGCAUAAAGCAUGGUAUUUUCAAAUAGGAAAAGUCAGUUCCAGUCGAUGGAGUAACGCGAAAUCAUAAUUGACUAAACAGAGUGUUAUCCAUACACACCUGUUGGCGUAAAAACACUGUAUUAGAUGGCAAAUUUAUGACUUUUUGUCAAAAUACACUUCAUUUACUUACAAUUCAGACAAAGAAUCACUUUGUAACAAAUUUUAACCUUUUUUAACGACGAGAACUAUAUAUAAAAGAACUUUGAAGAAAGAAAGAAAAUUUCAGGUUCAGCCUUUAAAUAUUGGCACGUUCAUAUAAAGACAUGCCAUAUUAAGGCAUGCCAUAAUUUUUGUGUUUGAAAACGAAUUUGCAAAAAGGAUACUUUAUUGAGCAUGAUAUAUUAAAGAUAAAUAAAAUAUUCUUCAUUGAUAUGCAUCUACUAUCUGAAAGUCUGACGACUAUAAUACUGAAAAAUGACUGAGAAUUGAGCAAUAGGCAUACAUGAUCUCAAGGGGAGUUUCUCCAGAAAACAAACACAAUGGGGAUUUUUUUUUCUAUUCAGAUGCGUGGCAGUCGUUCAGUUUCCACUUACACUGGAAAGAGUAAAACGACAAUUAUUCAAAUAGAGUUGGAUCAUUUGUAAUUGAUGUAAUUAAUUACAGUUUUUCAUGUAAUUGAGGCAUUUUCAUUCUGUGUAAUUGUAAAUGUAAUUUGCUAAAAUUUUUGCUCAAUUACACUUUCAAUUAGACCAGGGAUCACCAAACCAUGGUAUCCUUUCAUCUGGCCCGCAAUAACACGAAAAAGGGCGAUAUAUUUUUUCAAGGGGCGUUUUCCGGGAAUCGCCUUCCUUUUUUAUUUCGUAACAUUAGCCAAUCAGCAGGACGCGAAAAAUUGACGUAACAAUAUGCCUUUCCGCAUCCGUUAGGACACUCAGACAGAUUUUCAGUCGUGGUUGUAAACAAUACCUCAUUUUGCGAUUUCGAAUGCUAUUCGUUAGAUUGCAUUUUGACGAAAACCCAUUUAAUGUAUUGGAAGAAGAAAUCAUAAGAAUUUCCCAGGCUUGCUUCUUUAGCCAAGCAUUAUUUGGGACUAACAGCAACAUCAGCCCCGUCAGAUAGAGUUCUUUCAGUUGCGGGUAACUUUUAUACGGCAAGAGUAAAUUUAUUGGGGUCAGAAACUUUUCGUAGCCUAAUUUUACAUCAAGUGCAAUCAAACAGUUUUUGAGCAAGAGAAACUGUGAAUAUGAACCAAAAUGUUAUUGGACAGGUUAGUGGACACAAUGAUCGUUUUGACCAAAACUUUUGGUAUUUUGUGUUGUUGUUCUUUGACAUAGUUAUUGAAAAGUCGCAUUUAUCUUCGAUUACUGGACCUAAUGCUCUGAAAUUUUCAGUGGUUGAAGAUGGAAUUUGUUUCUAGAAGGCUAUUACUUUUUUAUUUCUAAAUUUCGUAUGAAAUCUGAUAUUUCGUCCAAGAUUUCGCUGUAUUAUUUUAUCCAUAGGAACACUGGCUGUCUGGUUUGAUUCUUGCUACGCUAAACUCGGAAUUUUUUUGAUGGUAUCGGUAGCGUCAAGGGUAAGGACUGCUUCGCUCUGUGUAACGUGUUCAUAUAUUUGAGCAUUGCUUUGUUGUAAUUGUAAUUUUAUAUUUUUUGCACGGAGUAAUUGUAAUGUAAUUGAAAAAUUUAAGGGAAUAAUUGUAAUUGAACUGAAUUAAUGCAAUUGAUCCAACUCUGCAUUCAAAACAUAUAUAUAUACUAUUAUAAGUGGGCAACCUAAUUCAUCAAACUCAUAACUCUACCAAAGUUGCAUAGAAUCAGUGUGUAUGACAACAUGUAACAUCCGAUUGUAUUCUAGUAUUUUGCAAAUGAAAUCGUAAUGCUACAGCUUCUCAGUUGAAUCAAAAAUACAAAAUCUCGUUACGUUUAUGUUAGGUUCACUGCUUUUGACAUGUUAGGUAGAUCGUAAUACGUAAUAUUGGAGAAAUUCAUAAUAGCCUAGAUUCUCUUUUUUAUUUCUUAGGGCUUGAGAUAUAGAAUUUCGAUUGAAGUAAAUACUUUACUGAGAAGAAAAUUUUCCUUUAUCUUUUCAAUCGAACUAUUCAAAUAUCUUGGAAUUGUUGAACUUUACUUUUUGAUACUGAAAUGAAACCAUUCGGUGGACAAAUACGCCUUUAUUCGCCUUUUUCAAUGUUUACCCUAUGCAGCCACUAGCAAUAACAAUAGCCUAGCAAAAACAUAUUCGAAAAAGCGACCGGAGAAGAGACAUCGAAAGACAGUUUUUCUCCCACGUGUAGUGAGUAGUCGGAGUCCAAAUCCGACAAAUCAGCAUUAAACAAGAGUCAACCUAACUGUCUAUAAACAUAAAUAUAAAUAUAUAUAUAUACACACAAUAUAAACACGGACACUUUAGUCUGCGACACUUGAUAUGUAUUCUACUCGAAACCACUUUUUCCGCAGAACUAGCAUUUGUACAAUCGCUCGCUUUCACAAAC